CGAUACUUUCGUCAGUAUCGCUCAUCCGUAUUAAAUAGUCAUGCAAAGAGGGAAUUUGUAUCUGAUAAAUCCCUCCACUUUUAACAAAAAUGAGUGACAUCUUUCUCAGCUAUUUUUGACCUCAAAUGAGCUCUAACUGUAAACCGGAGGAAACGCGAAAAAUUGGAUCGAACAAAGAUGGCGAUUGGAUCUGUCAGGAUACUGAAUGCAAAAACUUGAAUUUCGCCCGGCGAAAUCAAUGCAACCGAUGCGGCAGAGAACGUCCUUUGGAGAAAAUUAUCAGUAACUGCAAUGCGAGUGGUGAGUCCCAAUCUGGAAACAAGAAAAAAGUUGGAAUUGAAAUUGGAAAGGCAGCUGCAGAAAAAUCCCGAGGAUUGUUCAGUGCUGAAGAUUGGCAGUGCAGUAAAUGUGCUAAUGUAAAUUGGGCUCGAAGGCACACAUGCAACCUGUGUAACGCACCACGGUUUUGUGAAGUAGAGGAACGAACUGGAUAUGGUGGAGGUUAUAAUGAUCGUGGAGUGGUGGAAUAUAAAAAACACGAAGAAUCCGAUGAUGAAUAUGACGAAUUUGGACGCAGAAAAAAAAGAAACACAAUUUCAGAACAUACAACUACCAAUCAUCGAGAAGCUUUGUUUGAAAGGUCGUACAAAAAAUCAACCAGCAACGAUAAUGAUGACGAUGACGACGAUGAUGAUGAAGAUGACGAUAAUGAGGACCUUUCGAAAUAUGAUUUAUGGGGAAAUGAUGAAGAAGACAAAACAGUUCAACUAAGACAAAAAGUUAAGAAUCAUUCGAGUUCUAGAUCAUCGCCAACGUCCUCUCGAUCUAGAUCGAAAAGCCCUAACCGUCACAAUCGCGAUAGGAAGCAACCCAAUUGUUCUGGUAUAAGACAUUCACGCUCGAGAUCGCGGUCACCUUCAUACAGAAAGCCAUAUCGGCGUUAAAUCUGCCACCUAAAACGCAAAAAGGUUAAAGAAAAGCCUUUUUUGCAGGAAUAUUUUACAUAACCUUUAGUUUUUGUAGUCGACACUGAAAGCUCCCGUUUCACUGAUAAAAAAAUAUUCCAUCGUUGACUCAGUGAUACGAUCAAAGAUUAUCUUAUUAGUUUUCUAAAAAUGAUUCAGUUUUGUAUUAGUCAUAAGUUUCAUUAUAAUAAAUUGCAUUUAAUUAUCUAA